AUGUCAAAGUUCUUAUAACAAUAAGAUAAUCAAAGCGAAAGUGACAGUGAAAAACAAUUUAAUUAAUAAAACUGCUUUAACUCAAAGUUUUUUUAAGACCUAGAUUUAGAAAGUGAUGAUGAAAAACAAAUUAAAAAUUAAGAUAAUUUCAAACAAUUAAAUUGCAUCAAUACAACAUUCAAAUAAGAUAAUUAAAAUAGAAGUGAAGAUGAAAUAUAGAAUCACUAUUAAAUAAUUGAUAACAUCCAUAAUCAAUCUUAAGCUAUAAAUAUUUUAGAUACAUAACAAAUAGAUUAGGCUAAUGAAAAUUUAAAGAGAAGUGAAAAAAAAAGAAAAAAGAUAUAAACAAAAAACUAAAUCUAAAAAGUCUAAUAAGAAUCUAUAAACGAAGGGGCUAAAAAAACAAAAAAAAUAUAACUUGCUGCUUAAUUGGCUUUAAAAAUGUAGGAAUAAAGAAGAAUAAUUUAAUAAGAAUAGAAUAGACUUAACUUAAUUUAAUAAUAACAAGAGGAAGAAGAUCGUCAAAGAGAAGAAUAAAUGAGAAAUGAAAUAUAGAAUCUAUAAAACUGCUAUAAGAUUAGUUGUGAUUGUUUCAGAAAACGUAGAAAUCAGGAGAAAAAAUAGAACAAAUUUUAGGAUGAAUAAAAUUGUUAAUAAUAGCAACAAUAGUAAUAAUAAUAAUAAUAAUAAAAAAAAAAAGAAUUUUACAUUUGCUCAAUUUUAGGAGAUUUUGAAUCAGGAAAAACAACCUUAAUAAGAGGAUUAAUCGAUUUUAUGAAAAAGAUGGGUUUUCAGGUGGAGCUUUUUGGUUACUCUUAUGUCUGCAAACCAACUGAAAAUAAUAAAAAUUUGUUCGAUUAAAUGCAAUCCUACUUUCCUGUUAGUUUCGAGAACGAAACAUUUAUAUUUUAUGAUCGACCUAAUCAACAAAACAAUUUACAAACUUUUCCAGACUGUGAUAUAGCAAUAGUAAUUAUUGAUCUCAAGUCAGGUUUGGAAUCAUAAAGCAUUAAAGAUAUUGAAUAUCUGAAAUUGCGUAAGAUCCCUUUUAUUAUUGCUCUUAAUAAGUUUGAGAGAUGCCUUGAAAAUAGAAAUUUUCAUUAAUUAUCAUAUCAAAAAUUAUAGGACUAAACAAAAAAUAGUAAUUGUAUCUAUAAUAAACGAUUGCAAUCCAUAAUAAAUUAAUUAGCGUAACUAAAACUGAGUACUGUCCAAUAUUGGGAACAAGUAGAAGUAAAUGCUAAUGUCCCUUUAGUUCCUACUUCAGGAAAUCUUGCAAUGGGUUAUGAAGAUUUAUUGGCUACUCUUGUAAGAUAUCUUCCUGUAAAAUCAAUAUUCAACAAUUAAAUUAACUACCUAGUCUUAAACAAUAAGGAUAUUGAAUAAAAUUAAUCUAUAUUAGAGUGUUUGGUAAUUGAUGGUCAUUUAAAAAGAGGAGAUUACUUAUUAAUUGCAGAUAACGGAUACCCAAUCUCUGUUAGAGUAAAGAAUCUCCAAGUAAUUCAUUAAGAAAUUAAUAAAAAAUAUUUCGAUAAAAAUUGGGUUUCAGUUGAGGAGGUUAAAACAAACCUAGCAUUUAUUAGAGUCAUAACGGAUAAAUUAUAAUCAGUUUACUUAGGUUGUCAAUUUAAGAUUGCUAAUUCAGAUGAAGAGGUUUAAGAAGCUUAAGAGUAUAUUAGAAAUUAGUUGAUAAAUUCUUUGUCAAAUUUUUAACUAGAUAAAGAAGGUAUAGGAGUUUUUGCUGAAGAUGAAGCUUCACUUCUUUUACUAAUGCAAUAUUUAUAAUAAAAUAAUAUUUAAAUUUGCUUUUCUAAUAUUGGAAUAGUUUCAUAAGAUCUAAUUUUAAAGUUUAUUUAUAAGUACUAGCAACAGAAGGUUAAUCAAAAGUAAAAAUCAUAUCUACUUUAUUAGAUUUGCAUGUAUUUUAGCUUAUGGAAUUGAUAUUCAACAGGAUAUUUUAGAGAUUGCCAAAUCCCAUUAAAUAUAAAUAAUUUCGGAUGAUAAUUGUUUAUCUUUGAUAAGCAAUUACUAAAGGUACGUCAAACAUUUAAUUGAAGAUAUAAAAGAGCAGUUGAAAGAUACAACAAUAUUUCCUUGUCUACUAAAUGUAAAUAUGUUCAAUAGCUUAGGUUACGGAAAUAAUUUAAAUGUCAGAUCCAAUGAUAUUAAUUAGUUUUAAUGGCAAUUUUUGAGCAUGCCACAGCUUGCAAGCAUAGUAAAUAUUUGGUUUAUUGAAAGAUUUCAAGAAAAGAUAUAGAUAUUGUUAAAGAAUAUUAUAGAGAAGACUUCACUAUAUAAGAUUGGCAGAUGGUUAGGGAAUUAAAAUCGUAUUUUUCAAUAGUUUGA